CCCGCCCGCGCCCGGCCGCGGCGGUGGAUGGAUGCGCCAUGGCCACGCUGGUGUGCCGGGUGCAGCUGCUGGAUGACACCGACCCCUUCAACAGCACCAACUUCCCCGAGCCCACCCGGCCGCCGCUGUACACCUUCCGGGAGGACAUCCCGCUCGCCACCCAGCUGGCCGGGGUGCACCGCCUCCUCCGCGCCCCGCAGAAGCUUGAUGACUGCACCCUGCAAUUGUCUCAUAAUGGUACCUAUCUGGAUCUAGAAUCCACCCUAGCAGAGCAAAGAGAUGAACUAGAAGGUUUCCAGGAGGAUUCUGGGAGGGGCAAGAAGCACAGCAUAAUUCUGAGGACCCAGCUCUCAGUGAGAGUCCAUGCCUGCAUUGAAAAACUUUACAAUUCCAGUGGACGGGAGCUGAGACGGGCACUUUUUUCCUUGAAGCAGAUAUUUCAGGAUGACAAGGACUUGGUUCAUGAGUUUGUUAUUGCUGAAGGUCUGACUUGCUUAAUCAAAGUGGGAGCAGAAGCUGACCAAAAUUAUCAGAACUACAUCCUGAGAGCCUUGGGCCAGAUAAUGCUUUACGUCGAUGGCAUGAAUGGAGUGAUAAAUCAUAAUGAAACCAUCCAAUGGCUGUACACGCUUAUUGGCUCAAAGUUUCGCCUGGUGGUAAAGACAGCACUGAAGCUGCUACUGGUGUUUGUGGAGUACACAGAGUCCAACGCCCCACUUUUGAUCCAGGCAGUAUCCACUGUGGAUGAAAAGAGAGGAGCCAAGCCGUGGUCCAACAUCAUGGAGAUACUGGAGGAGAAGGAUGGAGUUGAUACGGAAUUACUGGUUUAUGCAAUGACCUUGGUUAACAAGACGCUGUCAGGAUUGCCAGAUCAAGACUCUUUCUACGAUGUGGUGGACUGUCUGGAAGAGCUAGGCAUCGAAGCUAUUUCACAGAGACACUUGAACAAGAAAGGAACAGACUUGGACUUAGUUGAGCAAUUUAACAUUUAUGAGGUGACGCUGAGGCAUGAGGACGGAGAUGAGGGUGCCGAGCCGCCUCCCAGCGGGCGCAAGGACCGGAGGAGGGCCAGCCUGGGUGCGGGCGAGCGCAGGGGGCUGGAGCGCCGGCGGAGCCGCAGGCACUCGGCACACAACAACGUCAAGAGCACUUUGUCAGCCCCUGCCAGCCCCUGUGGGCAGUCCAGCUUCGUGCUGAGCCACGGGCAGCGCGUGGAGGAGCUCAGUGAGAGAUACAAUAGCUAUGGCAGCAGCUCUUACUCUUCUCCACGACCUUACACUGGUGUGAGUGCCCCUACAACGCCCACUACUCGUUAUGGGACAACUCUGUCACCACCUCAGGAGACCAAAUCUGACAGGCCAGCUUUGGGUGGUCUCCUUACAUCAUCUUUUCGGCAGCACCAGGAGUCCUUGGCAGCAGAAAGAGAACGACGGCGUCAGGAGAGAGAAGAAAGGUUGCAAAGGAUAGAACGUGAAGAAAGAAACAAAUUCAACCGGGAUUAUUUAGACAAAAGAGAAGAACUAAGACAAGCAAGAGAAGAGAGAUACAAAUACUUGGAGAAGUUGGCAGCAGAGGAGUAUGAGAAGGAGCUGAAGAGUCGGAGUGUCAGCCGAGGCAGAAGUGAGCUGUCCUUAAACCUGAGAUCCCCUUCAGCUCCAUCCUCACCUGUACCCAAGUGCAUCAGCCCAGCAUCCAUAGAGUCCCAGGAAGAGCUGACGACCCCUUCCAUCCCGAGUGGAACUCCUCAGCCCUCAGAAGUGAGUGCCAGUGAACCCGAACCCGAGACAGAGACAGAACCAGAACCAGAGCAGGAGGCUGAGGCUGAGGCCAAGCAGGGAACGGAGACACCCAAGGAAAUAGAGGCUGCAGAGGUGGGACCAGAGAGUGAGGUGGAGCAAGGACCAGAGAGAGAGCCAGAAGAAAGUGCAAUACUCAGUGAAAAGGAGAGGCAGAAUGAGGAAGUGAAUGAAAAAGACAACUGUUCUGCAUCCAGUAUAUCCUCAGCAAGCAGCACUUUAGAGAGGGAAGAGAGAGAGGACAAGUUAACCAGUGACAAUGAAACUGGUCCAUGGUCACAGACCAUUCAGGAUGCUGGUGUGAAUGAGCAGUGCAGCAACAUCCUCAACAACAAGCGGUUUAUGCUGGACAUGUUGUAUGCGCAUAACAAAAAGCCCAAAGAUGAAGAGGAGAAGGAGCUGGAGGCGAAGGAGGAAAAGAAGGAGACGGAGGAAAGCGGGGAGUCACUCACUAGCCUAGCCAGCAGGAUCUCUAUACUUCAGGCCACAAAGCAGGCCAAAGAUGAAAGUGUCAAAAAGAUGGAGAUUGGAAAUCUGGACAACCAAGGCAGUGUGAAAGCCUUUGCAGAAAAAUUUAACAGUGGUGAGCUGGCUAAAGGGACAGCAGUGCCUGAAGAUGAAAUCAGUGAACAGAUCCCUGAGAAAACACCAGCACAGACAAAGAAGGAAUCUGAUUACAUCUGGGAUCAGCUCAUGGCUAAUCCUCGAGAACUUAAAAUCAAGGACAUGGAUUUUACAGACUUGGGGGAGGAGGAUGAUGUAGAUGUGUUGGACAUGGAUAUGGGUCCUGGGGACUCCCUUGCUCCCCCUCCUCCACCUCCACCUUCUUUUUUGGGUUUGCCUCCUCCACCACCUCCCCCCUUGUUUGGAUGUCCGCCUCCACCACCACCCUCUGGUAAUUUAUUGGCUCCUCCUCCACUGUUUGGCACUCCUCAGGGUUUAGGGUCACCCCAGGUUUCUAGGGGUCAGCCAGGAUUUAUAAAGAAGAAGAAAACCAUCCGUCUGUUUUGGAAUGAGGUACGGCCAUUUGAGUGGCAGUGUAAAAACAACAAACGCUGCAGAGAAUUCCUGUGGUCGAAACUGGAACCCAUUAAGGUAGACACUUCCAAACUGGAGCAUCUCUUUGAGUCGAAAUCCAAAGAACUGCCUGUCACAAAGAAAACUGCUGCAGAUGGGAAGCGACAGGAGAUCAUUGUGUUGGACUCAAAGCGGAGCAACGCCAUUAAUAUUGGCUUGACUGUGCUGCCCCCUCCCCGCACCAUCAAGACUGCUAUUUUGAACUUUGAUGAAUAUGCCUUAAACAAGGAAGGAAUAGAGAAAAUCCUGACCAUGAUUCCCACUGAGGAGGAAAAGCAGAAGAUCCAGGAGGCCCAGCUGGCGAAUCCUGAUGUCCCCCUGGGCAGCGCUGAGCAGUUCCUCCUCACCCUCUCCUCCAUCAGCGAACUCUCCGCCAGGCUCCAGCUCUGGGCCUUCAAGAUGGACUAUGAGAUAGUGGAAAAGGAAGUUGCAGAACCGCUGCUAGACCUGAAGGAGGGAAUGGACCAACUGGAGCACAAUAAAACUUUGGGAUUUAUCCUUUCUACUCUGCUAGCCAUUGGGAACUUUCUGAAUGGAACCAAUGCCAAAGCUUUUGAGUUGAGCUACCUCGAGAAGGUUCCAGAAGUCAAGGACACAGUGCACAAACAGUCUCUCCUGCACCACGUCUGCACUAUGGUGGUAGAAAAGUUCCCAGACAGCACUGAUCUUUAUUCAGAGAUCGGGGCCAUCACUAGGUCAGCCAAGGUUGACUUUGAACAACUCCAGGAAAACUUGUGUCAGAUGGAAAGACGAUGCAAAGCAUCAUGGGAUCACCUUAAGGCUAUAGCAAAGCAUGAAAUGAAGCCAAGUCUAAAGCAAAAAAUGUCUGAGUUCCUUAAAGACUGUGCAGAAAGAAUCAUAAUCCUGAAGAUUGUUCAUAGAAGAAUAAUUAACAGGUUUCACUCAUUUUUAUUAUUUAUGGGCCAUCCUCCCUAUGCAAUACGUGAAGUCAACAUCAAUAAGUUCUGCAAGAUUAUCAGUGAGUUUGCUCUGGAGUACCGCACCACCAGGGAACGAGUCCUGCAGCAAAAACAGAAACGGGCUAACCACAGGGAAAGAAACAAGACCAGAGGGAAAAUGAUUACAGAUUGGCAGACCGAUGAAGAAGAGGAUGUUGAGUCUGGCAAGUUCUCCAGCAGCUCCCCGCCCUGCCAGAGCCAGCCCCAGGGCCUGCAGUACGCCGAGGAUGCUGCUGAGCACGAGAACAUGAAGGCUGUGCUGAAGACCUGCUCCCCGGGGGGGGACAGCACCAUGGCCCUGGGCGUGCGCACUCGGAGCCGCGCCAGCCGAGGCCGUAUCGGUUCGUGGAACGCUGGCAACGACGACUCGCCGAACGCGACGGAUGACGCCGCGGAUGAGAUCAUGGAUCGCAUCGUCAAGUCCGCCACCCAAGUGCCAAGCCAGCGAGCGGUGCCUAGAGAGAGGAAGCGGUCACGAGCAAAUAGGAAGUCAUUGAGAAGGACACUAAAGAGUGGGCUAACACCAGAAGAAGCCAAAGCACUGGGCCUCAUCAGCACUUCUGAGAUGCAGGUUUGACAUCCCAGAGGUGGCCACAAGAAGAGCCGAUCAUCUGAAGCACACAGGCUGACACCCCUUCAGCGUGGCAUUGGACUGCCAGCCUCCUCUGCUGCUCCCAACAUCCCUUCCUCUCUUAGUUCAAUUUCAGUAAGCAACAAAAGCAAAACCCCACAUCCAGGGCAGAAGAAGGGUGUGCCACAGCUCAGCAUGACAUCCAGACGGUAACUGAGGAAGCAUUUGAGUGUUCCUAAGUGAAAGCACAUGGCUUCUUCUUCUCCUCAUGUGGGUAGGAGGGGGCUCUCUAAGUUAUCUGUCAUUAUGUGAGCUGUGUUUAUGUUGGCUUUCCUUGUGCCCUGUUUUAGUCAUUGUAAAUGUAUGGUGUUUUGUCAAUGCAAGGAACAGUCCUUAAAGAGGCAAAAUAACUCCUGUUACAGCAACACAUAUUUCCCUCAAGCAGAUUCAUUAAGCAAAGAUGCACAGUCUGUGCAACCCUGUGGUUUGUUGGGUAUUUUAUUAUUUUGCCUCCAAAGAAUGUAAAAAUGUAUGUGUACCUUUGUAUAUGUACAGAAUGAAUGUGUGGACAUGUGUGCAUGUAUCUGUACAUAUGCAGUCAUGGUGUGAAAUCAUGCUUUUGCUGAAGCCAGCUGGACCAUGAUUUUCACUGUGGGGCCUUACUGUUCCACCUGGACAGGAGGAAAAGAAUGUCUUUUUUGCAGGAACUCAGUGUUGUUCAGUGUGAUUCACCCUGUGGGGCAGGCCAUGGCCUGCAAUACAAUGGAGAGUUUAGGAUCCUGAAUUCAUGUGCAUUAAUGCACACCCACACUGUACAUAGCAGCAUGCACACAGAGGAGAGAACACAAUUCCCCCCUCUUCCUGAGCUGUGGUUGUACUCUGCAUUUGUACAGUUUCAGAGAGAUCUGUGUCAGCAAUUUUACAUACUCGAUAAGUGCAUUUGAAUGCUAAGAUCAAGAAGUUUUGUUCACUUGCCUGUGCCCUUCAUGCUGCUUUUCUCUGCUGCAAGAUAAUGUGGUGGUGAUUUUAUUUCAAUUUAAUGAAUCUGAAUAUGAAAUAGCCCUGCUAAAAAGCCUGCUGUGUUUUUGCUGUUCUUUACUGGUUUUUUGUGAUUAUCCUUGAUACCAGUGGAGUAGGUACCACAGUAAACAGCUCCAAUAUCUUUGCCCUUAUCUCACAGUUUUAUAACAGACUUUUAUAACUGCCCUCAGCGUGUUUGAAGAACCUUUAGUCAACUCAUCUGCCUUGAAGUGGAGGACAUGUACAGCAGUGAAGAAGAAUUGAACAGUCACCCCAGCCAGUGCUGAAGUAUUUUAGAGAACUGCAAACAACAAUAACAUAAAGGGAACUUCUUAAGCCAAAGUCUGUAUAUGUCCAAUAGAUCCUCAAGGAUGCACAAGAUUGUCUCUUUCCAUUGCCUUAGCCUCUAAGAUUAAGGGUAUGUCUGCACAGCAGUAACAACUGAGACUUUGUUCAAGCUGGUUAACUGAGAAGCUGCAGCAGUUUAGUCAUGGUAACAGGGUUCCAUUUUGGCUGCAAAACACACUUGGAAAAUAGAGUUAAAUAAUAGUCUAUGCUGGGGUCCUAAUGCCAUAGCAAUGUUACUUUUGGCACCCAGGCUAGGUAGGUACUUCAGGUUAUUCUACUCUGCUCUCUUUAAGAACAGGAUAGUCAGUGGAGAUUGUUCAAGAGAGUUGAACCAAACACAAUAAACCUCUGAAACCAUGGUCAUCCAUCACAUUGCAUUGAGCACAGCAUCCAAGUGAUGGCAGAGCCAGGCAGCUGGCAACACUGCAGGGAGACCUGUGGCUGAACAUCCUACCUAUGCUGUCCACCCUCUUGAUUGUAACAUUUCAUUCUUUAUCUGCCGAUGCCUUGAAUCUCCCAUGGAAUAAAAAGUCACUAAUGAACAAUGGUUCUUAAGAACAGCAUUGAGUUUGAUGUGGUUUUCCCCUUAAUUUGUUAAAAAGCCAAUUUUACAAGUAGACAGGAGGCAGUAGUUGGUUAAUCAAUACAAUAUGUUGUGUAUAUGAGGGCUAUGGAAAGGAAGAAGCUGGUUAGGAAACAGAAAUGGCAUAUAACUAAUUUCACUGUGAAACAGGCAAGACCUUUGAGCAUCUGGAUUUUGAAGUGGAUCUUUAUGUGCUGCUCACCACUAUGGACUUUUAAAAUCUUGCUUAAGGAUGUUUAGAACAAAGAACUGAAGGUAAUGGGGGUUCGUGGAGGUGUUUGAAGUCUGAAACAAGAGGAAGACACCCUGAAUGUAAAUGGUCAUGUUGGACUGUCCUACUUGCUAAGUGAUAAAAAACCAAACAUGCAACGAAGCACAUUUAUGCUGUCAAAGAUCCUAUAUUUGAUGGAGGGAGAAAAUCAAACAAGUCCUUCAAAAAUAAUAUUUUAAUUAAAAUAUGCUGAAUGUGCAUAAUUGGUGACCACUGGGCUAUUGGUGGCCACUUUCUAACAGGGAACAAAUUUGUGUUUCAUUUAAGCAUAGUACGGCAUCUGUCUCUGAGACAUACCAACGCUGGUGAAUUCCUAAUGGUUGGUCAGAUGUAUUUUCUAAAUUGUGCAAAAGUUUAUAUGCUUCUUACCAAGGAGAAUAUUAUAUAUGGGGAAUAAUAGAGGUUGGGAUAGGUUCGGUGGGAAAAAAUGGUGGUUUCUUUCAGAUUCUCUGGAUGUGUCUUGCAUGUGAAGCAGAUUCUUCCUUUUCUGUUCUUCCAUGGCAUUCGUUUUUCAGUUUGUGCUCUCUAUCUGUAAAACUGAUAGCAACUUUUCUGAGGAAUAACUUGGUCUUGUUUAUGCACUAGUAUACAGUCAGAUAAAUUCCACUGUCCUCACCAUUUAUUGUAACAAGAUGAUCAGACUCAGUGUAGCCCAGUAACUAUAGGAGAGAUUUCCAUUUUGGUUCCUGAUAAAAAAGACUGACUAAUCUGUAAGGGGGCAGUAUUUCCUCCAGAGUGCCAGCAUGCCCUGACUGUGGAAAUAACAUUUCUUCCCCUUCAUCUAACUAGUAGAUUCCAGAUGAAGUGGAGGAAUUCAUUAUAUCUGUAUGCCUCCCUCUGCCUAGGGAGGUUAUAAUCUUCAGGUUUUGAGCUACUGCCUGCCCUUCCAUCGUUGGAAGAACUCACCAUAAGGAUGUAACACUUGUUUUAAGACAAGUUUUGUGUGAGAUAUGGAUUGGUUUCUGACAAAUAUAAAAAUCUUGGAUACACAGUGUAGUAACACAUGUUCCCAUUUCUCACUCAGAGAUCCAUGAAGGCUGUUUUUAAACACUUGCAGCCAUAAUAACUACCUCUCUUUCCUUUCCAAUAGAUACAGUCAGCUGCAGAUGCAGUGCCCAGAGCACUGUGUCUGCUUGACUGCCACCAUAAAGCCUUCCUGAUCUGGCUGCUGAGGUAAGCUUUAGCACAUGAAAUUACCUCCAAAGGGAAGCUAUCCUAAUUUUCUUUCAUCUCACUUAAUGUUUAAAAGCAGACUGCAUGCAAAUGCUUUCUAUAAUCUCACUCCCAAGUGGAGACAACGCUCAGUAGCAGUUGCAGUGAAGAAACCCCCAGGGAAUGCUUGUGUGCCACACUCGAGAGUAAAUGAUCCCUCACAAAAGUUAAAUUCAUCGCUCUUCACUCUUCAGUCAGGCCAGGCACCAGAUUCAUGGAUUCCAGAUGUUUUAUAGC